AUGGCGGCACUGCUAGGGCACAUGAAUUUCUGGAACGCCUCAGUACAAUCAGCCAUUGACGUAUUUAUUGAAGAGCUGAAAGCCCCCGAGUCUCGUGGAAUAGCGACGAUUUUUGGCUUCAUCUACUCAUUGUUAUCACUGAUAACUGUGGUGGGGAAUGCACUUGUAAUCAUUGCAGUCUACAAAGACCCUUUGAAGAUCCUGAAAAACUCUCCUUCAAACCUCAUACUUUUGUCAUUAUCAGAAGCGGACUUGAUUGUGGGGUUGAUGAUUGGCCCUGGGGCAGCCGUGUGGUUCUUCCGAAUUGGAAAGGCAGCUCCAUCUUUAGGAUACAUCAUUGUGAUACUUAGUUGUUCGUCCUUGGUAGUCUCUGUUGGCAAUGCGUUGUUGCUGACUAUCGACAGGUACUAUGCAUUGGCAACACCUCUAAAAUAUCGAGUGAUAAUCACCAAAAAGACGGUGACGAUCGCAUCUAGCGCUAUAUGGGUGUAUUCUAUUUGCUAUGCAUUAACAUUCAGCCUCCUGCAACAAUAUUUCCUUCUUAUUUGGUUUGUUUCUGUUGUACUGCUGUUUAUUUGCUCUGAAUGCAUUUGUAUUCUGUACUUCGUUACUCUGAGAAAUCUUGCCAAACACUCUCACUCAAGAAUAGUGGUUAGUAAUUCACAAUCAAAUACAGCUUUGGCUUAUCAGAGAGAGAAAAAAGUUUUCAAAGUUAUCCUUUCAGUUAUUUUUGUAUUUUACCUCUGUUUUAUACCAUGGCUGGGAAAUCAAUUCGUGAUAUACUUUUGCAAAGGUUGCCACAGUCAUCGAAAAACGGUGAUGGUUAGCACCUAUGCAACGCAAUUGUUUGCUAUCUUAAAUUCUGCUUUGAAUCCAGUGUUAUAUUCCUACAGGUUUGCAAAAUUUCAAGCCACCUUUCGGUAUUUCUUGAGAAAGAUUUUUCCGCAUAAAGGAAGAAAAAAGUCAGUUAGAGUAAACGAGAGAAGGCAAGCGUAUAAUACACGUCUAUAA